AUGACCACAAAGUACAAACGUGUCUUGGGACCAGAAUGGGAUGAGGAUGAAAACCAGCACAAAUAUGUGUUCGACAGUGAAUUCCUACUUGAUAAACAGAUACGGGACAAACUAUAUGAUCAUCAGGAGGAAGGUUUGGCAUUCUUUUAUAAAGCUUUUAAAGAAGGUCAAAAGGGAGUGACUUUGGCUGAUGAUAUGGGAUUGGGAAAAUCCAUCCAGGUUAUUGCAUUCCUUUCAGGGAUGAUUGACAUGCAUAUGAUCAAAACUGUCCUGCUGGUCUCACCCACAACUCUGCUGAAAGAUUGGACAGACAAACUGACUGCGUGGGCACCAGGAAUCAAGUGGAAGUCAUAUAAUUGCCUUCAGGAAACCUCACUCAAAAAUUUGAGAUAUGUACAAAAAAAAGGGAAUGUCCUCCUUAUCUCCUACAAGAAACUCCUCUGCAACAAGAAGACAUUCUUUUCUCCCAAUGGGGACUCCUUUCACUGGGAUUGUGUUAUAUUUGAUGAAGCUCACAUGCUCAAAAACGUGUCCACCAAGACCUACAAGGCAGCAUCUUUGAUUAAUUCCAAGUUCCGCAUCCUCCUUACUGGCACACCCAUCCAGAAUAAUCUGUAUGAGAUGUGGUCUCUGUUAAGUGUUAUUGGCCCCAUGUUGGGGACAUACCGCACCUUUAAAAAGCAUUUUGAAGGUCCAAUCACAAGAGCAAGACAGGCAGACGCCACCCCCAGAGAGAAGGCUCUAGGUCAGGAGAUGUGGGGGAGUCUAAUGAAGAAAAUAAGUCCUUACUGGCUUAGGAGAUCGAAAGAACAAAUCCAGGAGCAAAGGCUGAAGUCUGAUUCAAACCAUCCUGGUAAGAUGGACACCAAAGCCAUAGUCAAACUACCCAAGAAAUGGGAAUUUGUCAUGUGGAUCAGUCUUAGCCCCACACAAGAGAAAAUGUACCAGGAGUUCCUUGCAUCCAGGUCUUGCAAUGAGACCACGAACAUUCUACCGGAAAUCCAGUCCUUGAUGAACCUCUGCAAUCACCCAAGACAGCAGAAUCACUGGCAGAAAUAUGAUAAUAGGGAGCUUCACAAGUUAUCCACUGAAGUGCUCCUUUCAGAAUCUGGAAAGCUGACCUUUCUAAUAGGUUUGCUUGAAAGACUGUUGGAAGAGGGUCACUACACUGUGGUGUUCUCUCAAUAUCGAAAAAUGCUAGACAUUAUCCAGCAUGUUCUGAAAAAGAGUGGGAUCACAGAUUUCUUGAGGAUUGAUGGGACAACCAGACUCGAAACACGAGAUGAAUAUCUGGAAGCUUUCCAGAAAAGAAAAAAAUACCGCAUCCUCUUACUUACAACUAAAGUUGGGGGGGUGGGACUGACAAUAACUGCCGCCAAUCGUGUGAUAAUAGUUGACCCCUGCUGGAACCAGGCUGUGGAUUCCCAGGCCAUGGACAGGGCCUACAGGAUGGGUCAGGAGCAGGAGGUUGUGGUUUACCGUCUGAUUACCUGUGGCACAGUGGAGGAGAAGAUCUACUGCCGGCAAGUGUUCAAGAGUUCACUGGUUCGCCAGGCAGUGGGGGACGAUCCAAACCCUACUCGACACUUCACUAACGAAGACCUGAGGGAGACUCUAAUUUUGGGGGAGACAAAAUUUUCUGUUACACAGAGGAGGCUUAAGAAACAAUGCCCCCAGCAGCGGGUCACUGACAAGACCCUGAAGAUGCACAUGGCAUACAUUGAGAGCCUGAAUGUGUGUGGGAUCACAGAUCAUGAGUUACUUUUUGCUACAAAGCAAGAGGAGGACUUGACAGAGGAAGCAAUGCAAACAUCAAUUAGAGACAUUGUGAAAGAAGGUGAAGAGAAAAUUGAGGCAGAAUCCCACUUCCAGUCCUCUAUGUGUGCGAUUGGAACCAAACUGCAGCAACCAGAGACUGUCUUUGACCUGCAGAUCAACCAUUUCUGUUGA